AUGACCACUGGUAUGCGUAGGAUUUUCACGGAUAUGGUUCCCUAUGUCGCUGUCGCUGCAGGAGGUGGGUUGAUGCGACAAGAGGAAGCGACCAUAUUUCAUGAAUUCAUCAUUGGAAACCCAGGAACUUUUGAAGCUUUACGGUGGAGAAUUGCUAAACGGUUUUAUCGCAAAGGACUAACUUCGAUAUAUUUCCACGACAUGAAGAUGACGAAAACGGGACAUCAGGCACUUCUGGCCGAAGCAAUAGGUUCGCAUAGAAACGCGCAUAUCUUGGAGUUCGCUGCUGGCGAACUGGCUCAUGAGAACAAGCCAGAAGCGCUGAAACCGCCUACCGACACGACAGACCGCGUAAUUCGCGGACAUAAGCAAAACCUACACAGGUUGUGCGUUCUCCUACAUUGGAAAUGUCCAGAAUCUCUCCUGAUGUGA